CCUUGCUGGCGCUUCCAGUGGGAUCUAAGUUAGGGAUAUCAUAUGACCUGCAAACUGAUCGAAUCUGUUCACUGCCAGGUCACAAGUACUUUGGUAGUUCGUACGGAGGGCGCGGUCCGCGGAGACCAGUUCAAGUUCAGAUCCUGCUAAUCAGGCGAAUUUUCCCAAGAUGCGCGCAGUCCCUGGGUUAUGGGAGCUCUGACCAGCCUGCACCCUUAUCCCGUGGGAUGACAGGAGACUCUGUUGCCAAUUAUAUCGUCAUGUAUAUUUGCGGCCCAACACAUGGGCCAUGUGUAACUUGGGUAAAAGGAUUGUCAGGCGCAAGGCGUUUGUGUAACCAAUUCCAGUAACCGAGAUGAAGAGAACGCUUAGCCUGGAGUACAUAGUACGUACUUGGCUAGAGCCGACACGGUCCUCUUGGACAAAGGUAGCAGUGCUGCUUUUUUCUUUCUUUUCUUUUUUUAUUCCAUGGCCCAGCGCGGUUCGUAUAUUGCACGUAGUGCUGUGUGCCAAGCAAGCCACCGUUAUCCAGUGUCCUGGUAAACUUUACGCCAAUGUGCAUGGACAUCCUACGAAUCCUGGCCGUGAUGUCGAGGCGAGCGCAUGCCAGUCUUCUCCCAUCCUGAAACACAUCCAGUUUCCGCACGUGCAGCGUUUUUCGCGUGAACGAAGAUCUUCGCCUUCAGGAACCACCCCAGCAAAUUCACUCAUCCCCGAACCAGCCCUCUCCACCCCUCCGGCUCUUCACGGCCUUGGAUACGGAGUAGCAACGUUGAGGUCAUGCUGCAUGCAUAUGGAGAGACCCACCCUGGUUUUUCAACCCGGCAAUGGCUCUAUCUACCUAGGUACCUGGCUUGAACAGCCGGGUGGUAGGCGUAGAGAAGGCAGGGCCCGUGAAAUCUCCGAGGAAUGCGGGUAUGCUCUGACAGGACGUCUGUUGCAACCAUCGACGAGGAGGACCCCUGCCCGACAAAAAGCAUCAGUAAGAGAAUGCGUUGGGAAGAAGCAAAGGCACGCGGACGCAAACCCUCUAGAAAUUGCUGCUGAUCAAUGCCCGGAUCCGAGAAGAAAAAGCAAAUAUCGCCAUGGAAAGGAGUUGCAGAAGAAGAGAUGCCAAGACCGUCAGGGGGGGGGGAAAGAACGCUGCUCUAUCAUGUGACCCUGUCCUGUGAGUCCGAAGACGUGACUCCUGUCCUGUCGCUCUUGCUCUCGCUCUCGCUCAAUCUCAACGUGCGAACGAGCGUAACGUCCCCUGAUUGUCGUCAUUUCGCUCGAGCAGCGACACAAAUACGAUGCCUGGGAAGGUUAG